AUGGGCGCUACCUUGGGCACAGCGCUGUGUACCCUUGACUCCAGGCUCGUUUCCCCACGUCUCAAUGUCCACAUCUUAAACCCACGUCGCCUAUUGUCUGUGCUCGCCAUUUCUGAUCUGUCCCCCUGUCUUGCCCCCAUCCAUGUUUCUUUCGUUCUCGUCGCCUCCCUGUCGCUCCUGGCCCCAGGGCGCGAUGUAGGUGUGCAGAGACGUAAGUUGCUGAUCGCCCAAGCUCUCUGUCUUUGCCUCAUUUCCUCUCUCCCUGUCUUGACACUUGGCCCCUUUUUCUUUCUCUUCCCUGUCCUCUCCCUGUCCCGUCCAAUGUGCAUCCCGCUGGACUGGCAGCUACGUUGUAGCUUACUAGCUGGUUGGCUGGCUACCCAGUCGGUCAACCAGCUCGGUGGCCAGUCGCAGGGGUUGCGCAUGAAGACUCGCAGGAACAAAGUGCUGGCGUUGCUAUCGGCGCUGGCAUGGGCUAUGGACGUGGGCACGGGCACGGGCAUGGACUACUCGACCGCUUCGACCGCACUCGCGACCACUCGCCAACCACCAGAGAAGAAAACAAAAAGGGGAGAGAAAAAAACGAAAACGAAACCGUCGCUUUGUGCGCUGCGCUGUCUCUCGUCGGUCUUCGUCAUCUCCUCAGACUGCGUCGUCAGCGUCACCGCCCACAUCAGCCCCAGAAAAUCUCCAGCCCCGCCACUGGCAUCUCGGCUUGUCCUGUCCACCCUCGCCUUCGGCCUCGGGCUCAUCCCGUGCUCAAUCUUUCCCCAUCUUCUAAACCAUCGCCUUGCUUUUUGUGUUACCAUCCGCUCGUCAACGUCCUCGGCCUCGUCCGGUCCGUUGAUGACAUCGUUGAGAGGACCUUGCGCUGACCGUCUUUUUACCGAUGCCAGCAACGCGAUAGACGAACCCAACCCUGCCGAUUGCGGCGUGUACUAGUUGUGUAGUAGAAGAAAAAAUGGACGAGAG